AUGCGCUGCGAAGCCCGAGCGGCGAAAGCGGCUUCGUCCGCCUCCCACCGGCACUCACCUUCUCCCCGGGCCUCCGGCGUCGCGAAGCCUGGGGACCACGCCCUGGCCUUCUUGGCGCCUGCUCUCGAAGCGGCGCGGGAGCCAAGCGUGAGCCCGAACUCGGCGGCAACGCCAGCUCAAACAGAUGAAAAUUCACCAGCAAAUUUCUGGGAUUCCAAGAAUCGAGGUGUGACUGGGACGCAGAAAGGGCAGAUCGUGUGGCGAGUUGAACCCGGCCCCUAUUUUAUGGAACCUGAAAUAAAGAUUUGUUUUAAGUACUACCACGGAAUAAGUGGGGCCCUGCGAGCCACGACUCCAUGCAUCACUGUGAAGAACCCUGCUGUAAUGGUGGGAGCUGAAGGGUCUGCAGCAGCUCAACACUCCCGGAAACUAGUUAGCUUUACACUAUCAGAUCUUAGGGCAGUUGGACUUAAAAAGGGGAUGUUCUUCAACCCUGACCCCUACUUGAAGAUGUCAAUUCAACCUGGAAAGAAGAGCACCUUCCCAACAUUUGCACACCACGGGCAGGAAAGACGCUCUAUGAUCAUCAGUAACACAACAAAUCCUAUUUGGCACAGAGAGAAAUAUUCUUUCGUAGCACUUCUAACUGAUGUCUUGGAAAUUGAAAUCAAAGAUAAAUUUGCCAAGAGUCGGCCUAUCAUCAAACGCUUUCUUGGGAAGCUCACGAUUCCAGUCCAGAGGCUUUUGGAAAGGCAAGCGAUCGGAGACCAGACUCUCAGCUAUAACCUUGGUCGAAGGCUUCCAGCUGACCAUGUCAGUGGCUAUCUCCAGUUCAAAGUAGAGAUUACCUCUUCUGUGCAUGAAGAUGCUUCACCGGAAACAGUAGGAACCUUGCUAGGGGUCAACUCUGUCAACGGAGACUUGGGGAGUCCUUCAGAUGAGGAGGACGCCCCUGUUGGGCAUCACGAUGUUCCCCCAGUUUGCUUGAAUGGUCCCCUGUUAGAAGAAUCUGCUGGAGAGGGGACCCCGCGCCAUUCCCUGAGGACUAGCACCACUCUGGAAACCGAUCAGGAGGAUCUGACCUCUACGGCUUCCAGGUCAUCUCCUCCCAGAGGCCGCCAGGACUCGCUGAACGACUACUUGGAUGCUAUUGAGCAAAACAACCAGUGUCGGGUCGGGACCUCCGCCUGCAACGAGUGUGCUGUCGGGGCAUCCCCGAAAUUACGGAGCAGCUUCCCAACCGACACAAGACUUAAUGCCAUGCUUCACAUCGACUCUGAUGAAGAGGAGCAUGAAUUCCACCAAGCGUUGGGAUUCCAGUCGUCCCUGGAUGACGACGGUGGGUUAGUCAUGCUGAACGGCACUAACCAAAAUGCGGAAGGAGGUUUUCUAGAUUGUUCUUCAAGCCAGGUUGGGCCAAGCCAAGGCCCCGAGGAAAACGGGGGAGCGCCGGAUGCAGAAACGUCCUCGCCUCCUCCUGAUACCCAGCAAGAGCCCCUUCCAGGGCCUUCAGAGACAGAGGCAGCCGUAGAAGAAACGGAAGCUCUUCAAGUAUCUCAGGAUGAUGGUCCAGCAGAUCUGGCUGGUGCUGAUGUUGGUGUUGAACCGGAGGCAGAAGAGCCUGUCCCUGGUUCAGACGCGGGAGCAUCUGAGUUGUCUCCUGGAAGCGGAAGGAGCAUCAGAGAAGGCCAGUCUCUUGACCAGGGGUCGGAACCGUCUCAAGUUUCGUCAGAAACCGAGCCGAGUGACCCUGCCCGUACAGAAAGCGUGAGCGAAUCGAGCACCCGGCCAGAAGGAGAGAGCGACGUGGAAGGCGCAGACGGUUCGUGCCACGAAGCCGCCACUCCCCGGCUCUCCUCGGUGGACACUCAGUGCUCCUCCUGCGAAAGCGCCCGUUUGUCGGAGACUCCAGCCUUUUCUUCCCAGGAGGAGGAAGAAGGAGCUUGUGCCGGCGCGGAACCUGCCGAGGAAGCACGGGACGUUAUAUGCACUCAGGCUUCCUUGCCCUCAGUACAGAUACCGAGCUCGCAAGAGGAAGGGCACACGACGGAAAUGGGAGCACUAGAGGAUAUCGAUGAGGCUGAGGAAAUCUGGCAGAGGAGGAGGAGCCUGCAGGCUGCAGCCGCACGUGGCCAGUCGCAGGAGGAGGAGGAGCCUGGAGGGGCGCAGGCAGCCUGUGAGGGGACAUCUUCAGAGCCUGAUGGAGCUAGUGGAGGUUCCCAAAGCAACGGCCAUCAGCCUCUGAGAUUGCUUCCCUCAGUUCGUCAGGACGUUAGUCGCUAUCAGAGAGUGGAUGAGGCCUUGCCUCCCAAUUGGGAAGCACGCAUUGACAGUCAUGGGAGGAUAUUCUAUGUGGACCACGUAAACAGGACCACUACGUGGCAGCGGCCUACGGCACCCCCAGCUCCUCAGAUUCUCCAGCGUUCCAACUCUAUACAGCAAAUGGAGCAGUUGAACCGCCGGUAUCAGAGUAUUCGUCGGACGAUGACUAGCGACAGGCCAGAGGAGCAUCCAAAUGUCAUGGAUGGACCUGGAGAAGAUCCUGACUGCCAGUACCCUAAUGCAGAUUUCCGAAGGGAAAACGUGCUUCCUCAUUCUACCUCCCGAUCCCGGCUCACUCUUCUUCUCCAGUCUCCCCCUGUGAAAUUCCUGACCAGCCCAGAGUUCUUCACAGUGCUGCAUUCUAACCCUAGUGCCUAUCGCAUGUUUACAAACAAUACGUGUCUGAAGCACAUGAUCACCAAAGUCCGACGGGACACCCACCACUUUGAGCGCUACCAACAUAACCGGGACUUGGUGGGCUUUCUGAACAUGUUUGCCAACAAGCAGCUGGAGUUGCCGAGGGGCUGGGAAAUGAAACAUGAUCACCAGGGCAAGGCUUUCUUCGUUGACCACAAUUCCCGCACCACCACGUUCAUCGACCCACGGCUUCCUUUGCAAAGCAGCAGACCAACGAGCGCAUUGGUCCACCGGCAGCAUUUGACAAGACAGCGUAGCCACAGUGCCGGUGAGUUAGCAUACAAUGAUAAGAUCGUUGCAUUUCUGCGGCAGCCCAAUAUCUUUGAAAUUCUACAGGAACGACAGCCAGAGCUUACUCGUAAUCAUUCACUCAGGGAGAAGAUCCAGUUUAUACGAACGGAAGGAACCCCGGGGCUGGUGCGCUUAUCCAGCGAUGCAGACCUGGUCAUGUUACUCAGUUUGUUCGAAGAAGAAAUCAUGUCAUACGUUCCACCACAUGCCUUACUUCAUCCCAGUUUUUGCCAGUCACCACGAGGCUCGCCGGUGUCCUCGCCGCAGAACUCUCCAGGUACCCAGCGUGCCAACGCCCGAGCUCCGGCGCCCUAUAAGAGAGAUUUUGAAGCCAAACUGAGGAAUUUCUACCGGAAGCUGGAGACUAAAGGUUAUGGGCAAGGCCCAGGGAAAUUAAAAUUAAUUAUCAGGAGAGACCAUUUGCUAGAAGAUGCCUUCAACCAAAUUAUGGGUUACUCAAGAAAGGACCUGCAAAGAAACAAACUAUAUGUCACCUUUGUCGGAGAGGAAGGGCUGGACUACAGCGGACCAUCGCGGGAGUUUUUCUUCCUCGUAUCAAGAGAGCUCUUCAACCCGUAUUAUGGCUUGUUUGAAUAUUCUGCCAAUGAUACUUACACUGUACAAAUAAGUCCCAUGUCUGCUUUUGUGGACAAUCACCAUGAAUGGUUCAGAUUCAGCGGCCGGAUCCUGGGCCUUGCUCUGAUUCAUCAGUAUUUGUUAGAUGCCUUCUUUACACGCCCGUUUUAUAAAGCCCUGCUCAGAAUAUUGUGUGACCUGAGUGACUUGGAAUACCUUGAUGAGGAGUUUCACCAGAGUUUGCAGUGGAUGAAAGACAACGAUAUACAUGAUAUCCUAGAUCUCACAUUCACUGUAAAUGAAGAAGUCUUUGGACAGAUUACUGAGCGGGAGCUGAAGCCGGGAGGUGCCAACAUCCCAGUGACGGAGAAGAACAAGAAGGAAUAUAUAGAGAGAAUGGUGAAAUGGAGGAUUGAAAGAGGGGUCGUGCAACAGACCGAGAGUCUUGUACGUGGGUUCUAUGAGGUGGUUGAUGCCAGGCUGGUUUCUGUAUUUGAUGCAAGGGAGCUGGAGCUGGUUAUUGCUGGAACUGCAGAAAUUGACUUAAGUGACUGGCGGAACAACACGGAGUACAGAGGAGGAUACCAUGACAAUCAUAUUGUCAUCCGAUGGUUUUGGGCUGCUGUAGAAAGAUUCAACAAUGAACAGCGUCUGAGGUUGCUGCAGUUUGUUACAGGCACUUCCAGCAUACCUUACGAAGGUUUUGCAUCUCUGAGGGGGAGCAACGGGCCAAGAAGAUUCUGUGUGGAGAAAUGGGGGAAAAUCACUGCUCUUCCCAGGGCUCACACUUGUUUCAAUCGCCUGGAUCUUCCCCCCUACCCAUCAUUCUCCAUGUUGUAUGAGAAGCUGUUGACCGCCGUAGAAGAGACAAGCACAUUUGGACUUGAGUGAAACUGGCACCUUUGGACUUGAGGGCCCCGCUCCUUGAACCUGUAUGGUUCUUCCUUACAGAAGACAUGAAUGUUUGGAUGGCGUUUCCUAGAGGGAAACCUGUUUUUCCAUUUUUAAGGCAUGAUGACUUGAUGAACGGGCAACGUGAGUUCAGGUUGGCUCUGCAAAUUCCGCAAAAACCACUCGAGUGCUGUGGAGCCAAGUUAUUCGUGGUCCACGGAGAAACCAACGAUCCAGCAAUUGACUUUUUUUUGUUUGUCUUCUGACCACUGAACUUUUAAACAUUUGUGAUGCUUAAAGUAAAUAAAAGGAGAAGCAAGGACGUGUGAACGGCUGCAUCGGGGCUUCUGCAAAAUGUUUACUGUCUCAGAAAUGGAUGUCAUUUCUCCCGAGUACUUGAACAAAGUGAAAAGUGAAAGUUCAUCAGCCCACUGCUAAAUUUUAGGAAGCCAAGGACAAAAUACUGGCUUUUCUAUUUUGUUGUAGAUCUGAUGGAGGUUAUUUCCCAAAGGUACACUACUUUAUGUCCUAUACAAUACAAAUAGUACAAUAUGCUAUACAUGCUAUACCUAAGACUCUGAGUGCCUGCAUGGUGUGCACCGUAGAGAUCAAUUUUCUGGGGCGGAUCACAGAUACAAAACAUCGUUCGCAACGUGGGGUGCCGACUUGUACAAAAUGUAUAUGCGAACAGCGCGUUCCACAAGGGAUAAACUCUUAUAGGAGAAUCUAACGAUGAAGGAGUUUAUGCUUCAUACUGCAUGAAGAGUGUUUUUUUAAGUACAAAAAAACUAGACUUAAACACAACGUAUCAGGAAAAAGAAAAAAAAACCUCUUACAGUGACUUUUGUUUAUUUUUAUAGGUUACCCGUUCUUGAGUCCCUUAGGGUGUAAAUAAGAAAGUAGACAAAAUAGUGUUUUGUUCUUUUCAUUUCCCCAUGCUUGAAGAGAUAUUGUGUUUGAUUCUUUAAGCACUCUCGAGGGAAAUAAUAAUAAUAAUAAUAAUAUAUGCCUUUUAUUUUUAUAAGGGUAAUAUAUUCCUGAAAUUAUUUUUUUGCACUGAAUGUACCAAAGUCAAAGGGACCUUGCGAUCUGACCGACAGGAAACUGCAUCACUCAUCCAAAUCGACAGGAAGUCGCUGCUUUAGGACCGGGGUCUGUUCACAGUGCCACGUCUGUCAAUCAUAUCAGGACAGUGCACAAUAAGUAAUAAUUUUUUAAGGUCACUACAUGUAAUUCUGUGUAAUGCGCAUUUUAUUUCAAAUGCAUUUUAACCCCCCCCCCCCCUCCAAAUUUAUCAACUAAUUUUAUGGAAUAGAGUUGAAUAUCGACGCUUUGUAUUUCCCUCUGGCAACAUUUCUUUUUUUGUACAGCACAGUUAAAAGCACUACAGUAGAUCUGGAGAACGAAGAUGGUCAGCGUCAGAAAGGACAACUCUUCACUCAGGAAUGACUUCUCAUGUUUAGCGGUGAAACCAUCUCCGGGAUGUAAACUGUUUGUAGUGUCUUUUUAAAAGCCUGCAUUUUCAUGAGUGAUUUCUUAUCAAUGUUUAUUAAAAUGAAGUACUUUUCUACAGUAUAUUUGAAAAGCAUGAAUAUCCACCAUGUCAGAUAAGCUUUUUUUUAAAAA